GAGGCGACCGGAGCGGGCCGCGGAGGUUGGGGGAGCGGCGGCGAAGCGGGCGAGCAGGUUGAGCGCGAAGCCGGGAGGAGGGGCGCGCGGCGGAGCCGGGGCGCGCGAGGGCCUGCUCUGUGCACUUGCGGCCGCGCGGCGCGGAGGGAGCGCCCGCCUGUCGCCCGCCAGCCUCCGGCCACGACGCGCAGGGCGGCGCGGAGCCCGGGGCGCGGACGGUGCGGGCGGGGGCGGCGAGGACGGCGAGCCUGCCACCGCGCUCGCCCGGCUCGGGCCCAGGACCGCUCCCCGGACAACUCCGCGGCGGGGAAGGCGCCCGCGACCCUGCCCGGCCUGUGGCGGCGGCGGCGCGGAGGGAGGGCGCGCCCCGGCCUCCCCCAGCCCAGCCCGGGCCGAAGCCGGAGCCGAACGGGGCGCGGCGGCGCGGGCGGCGGACGGCGGCCCCGGGAGCCCGGACGGCGCCCGCGGGGCUGCCCCGAUGGGGCGUGGCAAGGAAUGAGCAGGCCCCGCCCCAGCGGACAAGGAUGGAGAGCCGUACCCAGGAGGGCAAGAAGCAAUGCCCACCCAUCCCACGUAGAAUGACCGUCCCGGGAGGGCGGUUCCCCAGGCCCUGGCAAGGCUGCUGACCCUCGGCCUGCGAACCGCUAAGAGUAGGACUCCAGACUCUCCUUGCGGAUGGUUCCCUACCCUGCGGCUCCAUCAUGAGGCUCCUCGUGGCCCCCCUUUUGCUGGCGUGGGUGGCCGGUGCCGCCGCCGCCGUGCCCGUGGUACCCUGGCGUGUGCCCUGCCCCCCUCAGUGCGCUUGCCAGAUCCGGCCCUGGUAUACGCCCCGGUCAUCCUACCGUGAGGCCACCACCGUGGACUGCAAUGACCUGUUCCUGACGGCGGUGCCCCCCGGGCUGCCCGCGGGCACGCAGACCUUAUUGCUGCAGAGCAACAGCAUCGUCCGCGUGGACCAGAGUGAGCUCAACUACCUGGCCAACCUCACAGAGCUGGACCUGUCCCAGAACAGCUUUUCGGACGCUCGGGACUGUGAUUUGCGCGCCCUGCCCCAGCUGCUGAGCCUGCACCUGGAGGAGAACCAGCUGAGCCGGCUGGAGGACCACAGCUUUGCGGGGCUCGCCAGCCUGCAGGAGCUCUAUCUCAACCACAACCAGCUCUACCGCAUCGCCCCCAGGGCCUUUGCCGGCCUCGGCAACCUGCUGAGGCUGCACCUCAACUCCAACCUGCUGAGGGCCGUUGACGGCCGCUGGUUUGAGAUGCUGCCCAACCUGGAGAUCCUCAUGAUCGGCGGCAACAAGGUAGACGCCAUCCUGGACAUGAACUUCCGGCCCCUGGCCAACCUGCGCAGCCUGGUGCUGGCAGGCAUGAACCUUCGGGAGAUCUCCGACUAUGCCCUGGAGGGGCUGCAAAGCCUGGAGAGCCUCUCCUUCUAUGACAACCAGCUGGCCCAGGUGCCCAGGCGGGCCUUGGAGCAGGUGCCCGGGCUCAAGUUCUUAGACCUGAACAAGAACCCGCUCCAGCGGGUGGGGCCUGGGGACUUUGCCAACAUGCUGCACCUCAAGGAGCUGGGUCUCAACAACAUGGAGGAGCUGGUUUCCAUCGACAAGUUCGCCCUGGUCAACCUCCCCGAGCUGACCAAGCUGGACAUCACCAACAACCCCCGGCUGUCCUUCAUCCACCCCCGCGCCUUCCACCACCUGCCCCAGAUGGAGACCCUCAUGCUCAACAACAACGCUCUCAGUGCCUUGCACCAGCAGACGGUGGAGUCCCUGCCCAACCUGCAGGAGGUGGGUCUCCAUGGCAACCCCAUCCGCUGUGAUUGCGUCAUCCGCUGGGCCAAUGCCACGGGCACCCGCGUCCGCUUCAUCGAGCCGCAGUCCACCCUGUGCGCCGAGCCGCCCGACCUCCAGCGCCGCCCAGUCCGUGAGGUGCCCUUCCGGGAGAUGACGGACCACUGCCUGCCCCUCAUCUCCCCCCGCAGCUUCCCCCCCAGCCUCCAGGUGGCCAGCGGAGAGAGCCUGGUGCUACACUGCCGGGCACUGGCUGAACCGGAACCCGAGAUCUACUGGGUCACGCCAGCCGGGGUUCGACUGACGCCUGCCCGUGCUGGCAGGAAGUACCGGGUGUACCCCGAGGGGACCCUGGAGCUGCGGAGGGUGACGGCAGAAGAGACAGGGCUGUAUACCUGUGUGGCCCAGAACCUGGUGGGGGCUGACAGUAAGACGGUUAACGUGGUCGUCGGCCGGGCUCCCCCGCAGCCGGGCCGGGACAAGGGAUGGGGGCUGGAGCUCCGGGUGCAGGAGACCCACCCUUACCACAUCCUGCUGUCUUGGGUCCCCCCACCCAACACAGUCUCUACCAACCUCACCUGGUCCAGCGCCUCCUCCCCCAGGGGCCAGGGGUCCCCUGCUCUGGCCCGCCUGCCGAGGGGAACCCACAGCUACAACAUCACCCGCCUCCUUCAGGCCACGGAGUACUGGGCCUGCCUGCAAGUGGCCUUUGCCGAUGCCCACACCCAGCUGGCAUGUGUAUGGACCAGGACUAAAGAGGCCACUCCUUGCCGCAGAGCCUUAGGGGACCGACCAGGGCUCAUAGCCAUCCUGGCUCUGGCUGUCCUCCUGCUGGCAGCCGGGCUAGCCGCCCACCUUGGCGGUGGUCAGCCCAGGCAGGGGGCGGGUGGGCGGCCUCUCCUUCCAGCCUGGGCUUUCUGGGGCUGGGGGAGUGCCCCCUCCGUUCGAGUGGUAUCCGUGCCCCUUGUCUUGCCCUGGAACCCUGGAAGGAAGCUGUCCCGGUCUUCGGAAGGGGAAACACCAUCACCACUAUUGCUACAAAAUUCCUGAAGCUCGGCCCGCUCUCAGCAGUAGACAAAUAACGAGGACUACUUUUUACCAAAAGGGAAGCUAUUUGGGUCAGAUGCCCUGCCAGGAAAGUGACAUGGACCCACGUGCUUGAGGC